GCGGCUGGUUGGUCUCCUUCCUUUUGCUUGCUUGUCUAGGGAAAAAGGUGGCCUCCCCCUUGAAACGAUCGAGGCAGGAGAAGACUCUUGAAACGGAAAGGCUAUAUCCUCCUGGCUGCCGGAUCGCCGAGGAAGGGGGCUGGCUCCUAGGGUGGAGGGAGUGGGGUUCUUUUCAGUUUUGGCUUACACCUCUGCACCAAAGUGAAGAAAAGGGACUUAACCAGGUUUCCUCCUGCUGCUGCCGUUGCCACCGCCGCCGCCGAGUCCAUUCAAGUGGCAGACUUCCCAGCCCUCCCGCAGGAGUCAAUACUACUGGAGAGAGCUGAAUUGGAUCAUUGUAACGCCGGAGCCUGGCACGACCCCUGCACAAUUGUGUGUAUGUGGCUCUUGGAUUUCUCAGGGCAGCAGGCCCGGAAACAAGCAGGUGUUACGUAUAUGGAGAGGAGCGGCUGUAGUCCAUUUCCAAUAUGCUGGGCUAAAGAAUAUGACAGAUACCUAGCAUCUAGCAAAACUAUGGCAGCAGCUUAUCUAGACCCAAACUUGAAUCAUACGCCAAGCUCAAGCACAAAAACACACCUCAGUUCCGGGGUGGAACGUUCUCCAGGGACAAUGGAACGGGUCCUGAAGGUUUUCCAUUAUUUUGAAAGUAACAGUGAACCAACAACGUGGGCCAGUAUUAUCCGACAUGGAGAUGCCACAGACGUUUGGGGCAUAAUUCAAAAGAUAGUGGACUGUCACAAAGUAAAAAAUGUAGCCUGCUUUGGUUUACGACUUAGUCACCUACAGUCUGAGGAAGUUCAUUGGCUGCAUCCGGAUAUGGGGGUCUCCAACGUGAGAGAGAAAUUUGAACUAGGACACGCACCAGAGGAAUGGAAAUAUGAAUUGCGAAUUCGAUACUUACCGAAAGGAUUUCUGAACCAGUUUACUGAAGAUAAGCCAACAUUAAAUUUUUUAUACCAGCAGGUGAAAAAUGACUAUAUGCUAGAGAUAGCAGAUCAGGUGGACCAGGAAAUUGCCUUGAAGCUAGGUUGCCUUGAAAUUCGGAGAUCAUACUGCGAAAUGAGAGGCAACGCAUUGGAUAAGAAGUCAAACUAUGAAGUCUUAGAGAAAGAUGUCGGUUUGAGAAGAUUUUUUCCAAAGAGUUUACUGGAUUCAGUAAAGGCCAAAAAUCUUCGAAAAAUGAUACAGCAAACGUUUCGACAAUUUGCCAACCUCAAUAGAGAAGAAAGUAUUUUGAAAUUCUUUGAGAUUCUCUCACCAGUAUACCGAUUCGAUAAGGAAUGCUUCAAGUGUGCCCUUGGAUCCAGCUGGAUUAUUUCAGUGGAAUUGGCCAUCGGUCCAGAAGAAGGAAUCAGCUACCUUACAGACAAAGGCUCCAAUCCUACCCAUUUGGCAGAUUUCCAUCAAGUACAGACCAUUCAGUAUUCAAUUAACGAAGACAAGGACAGAAAAGGAAUGCUACAGAUGAAAAUUGCUGGAGCACCAGAGCCUCUGACAGUGACGGCACCAUCCUUAACCAUUGCAGAGAACAUGGCUGACUUGAUAGAUGGCUAUUGCCGACUGGUCACGGGGGCGACACAGUCUUUUAUCAUCCGGCCCCAGAAAGAAGGUGAAAGAGCUUUACCAUCCAUACCAAAGCUGGCCAACAAUGAGAAGCAAGGAAUACGAUCACAUACCGUCUCUGUAUCAGGAGUCAGUCACUGUCAACAUAAAGUAAAGCGAGCCAGACACUUUCUCCCUUUUGUCUUGUGUUCACAUGAAUCACCAGCUAAGGAUGAAAUUAGUGGGGACGAAACCGAUGACUAUGCAGAGAUCAUAGAUGAAGAAGAUACGUACACCAUGCCUUCAAAAAGCUAUGGAAUAGAUGAAGCCAGGGAUUAUGAGAUUCAAAGAGAGCGGAUUGAACUGGGACGCUGCAUCGGUGAAGGGCAGUUUGGCGAUGUCCACCAAGGAGUUUAUGUCACUCCAGAAAACCCUGCCAUGGCAGUUGCAAUCAAAACGUGUAAAAACUGUACCUCGGACAGCAUAAGAGAGAAAUUCUUGCAAGAAGCCUUAACGAUGCGUCAGUUUGAUCACCCACACAUUGUGAAGCUGAUUGGCGUCAUUACGGAAAAUCCCGUCUGGAUCAUUAUGGAGCUCUGUACCCAGGGAGAGCUGAGAUCGUUUCUGCAAGUCAGAAAAUACAGCUUGGAUCUGGCGUCCUUGAUACUUUAUGCUUACCAACUUAGCACAGCACUGGCCUACUUAGAGAGCAAACGGUUUGUACAUAGGGAUAUUGCUGCUAGAAAUGUGCUGGUGUCCUCUACAGACUGUGUGAAACUGGGUGAUUUUGGUUUGUCUCGGUAUAUGGAAGAUAGCACUUAUUAUAAAGCUUCAAAAGGCAAAUUGCCCAUCAAGUGGAUGGCCCCAGAAUCCAUCAACUUCCGACGUUUUACCUCAGCCAGUGAUGUCUGGAUGUUUGGUGUAUGCAUGUGGGAAAUCUUAAUGCACGGCAUCAAGCCUUUUCAAGGAGUGAAGAACAACGACGUGAUUGGCCGGAUCGAAAACGGCGAGCGGUUGCCGAUGCCGCCCAACUGCCCGCCUACUCUCUACAGCCUCAUGACCAAAUGUUGGGCUUACGAUCCCAGCAGGCGUCCCCGAUUUACAGAACUUAAAGCUCAGCUGAAUACGAUCCUGGAGGAGGAGAAGCUGCAGCAGGAAGAACGAAUAAGGAUGGAAUCAAGGCGACAAGUCACCGUGUCCUGGGAUUCCGGAGGGUCCGAUGAAGCUCCUCCCAAGCCCAGCAGACCCGGUUAUCCUAGUCCAAGAUCAAGUGAAGGAUUUUAUCCCAGUCCGCAGCACAUGAUACAACCCAAUCACUACCAGGUUUCAGGCUAUCCCGGUUCCCAUGGAAUUCCAACCCUGGCAGGUAGCAUUUAUCCAGGACAAGCCUCUCUUUUGGAUCAGACAGAUUCCUGGAACCAUCGGUCUCAAGAAAUAUCCAUGUGGCAACCCAACAUGGAGGAUUCUGGCAGUUUGGAUAUGCGCGGGAUGGGACAGGUCCUACCAGCACAUCUAAUGGAAGAGAGAUUGAUACGACAGCAACAAGAAAUGGAGGAAGACCAGAGAUGGUUGGAAAAGGAGGAGAGAUUUCUGAAACCCGACGUGAGGCUGUCCAGAGGGAGCAUUGAUCGAGAGGACGGAAGUCUCCAGGGUCCGGCUUCUAACCAGCACAUUUACCAGCCUGUGGGCAAACCAGAUCAUGCUGCCCCACCCAAAAAGCCACCACGCCCUGGAGCUCCCAGCCACUUGGGCAGCCUUGCCAGCCUCAACAGCCCCGUGGACAGCUACAACGAAGGGGUUAAGAUUCAGCCCCAGGAGAUCAGCCCUCCUCCAACGGCCAACUUGGACCGCUCAAACGAUAAAGUGUACGAGAACGUCACCGGCCUGGUAAAGGCGGUUAUAGAAAUGUCUAGCAAAAUCCAGCCGGCACCACCCGAGGAGUACGUCCCCAUGGUGAAGGAGGUGGGCUUGGCCUUGCGAACUUUAUUGGCAACAGUUGAUGAAACCAUUCUGGUCCUCCCAGCAAGCACUCACAGAGAGAUCGAGAUGGCUCAGAAACUGUUGAAUUCUGACCUGGCGGAAUUGAUUAACAAGAUGAAGCUGGCUCAGCAGUACGUUAUGACUAGUUUGCAGCAAGAAUACAAGAAGCAGAUGCUGACCGCAGCUCACGCCCUCGCCGUAGAUGCCAAAAACUUAUUGGAUGUUAUCGACCAAGCCAGGCUAAAAUCUCUUGGCCAGUCCAGGCCUCACUAGAAGUGUGGAGAUCAACGGAUUUUGCAUUGCAGAGUUUUGAGAAAAGGAUCGUUACCGAAUAAGCGAAGGGCAGCAAAGCCUUUCAGCAGGAAUGAGAACGGACGGCUCAGUCCAGGAGUGGCAACUCGUUGGUUCUCUCAAGUAUUUUGUUUUUUUUUUUAAAUCAAUGCCAAGAAAAAUCCAAAAACUGAAACAAGGCAACAAAAUCUUAGAAACCCUUUCAGGUUGUGUUUUUUUCUUCUUCACGUCAUUCAGAAUGUGAAAUAUUUUAAAAAGAUUGAAUUGCUUUUUCUUUCAUCCAGACAAAAGAAAACUGACAAAGGAACUCUUUUUUUUUGAGCUGCAAAUCCGAAAUCGUGUGAAGAAUUCUGGGACACCCGAGGGCUGAGAAUUCUUUCCCACAAUGUUAUGAACUACUGUUGACUGGAACCCCUUUUUUAUUGGAACACUUAAUAAUGCCACAAAAAAAAAAAAAAAAAAAUGCUAAUCACAAUUUACAGAGAGAUUAAAAAAAGCUAUAUUUUCAAAGUAUCUCAUUUCAAAGCAAAUUUAAAAAAAAAAAAAUUCCUCAUCUGUUUUCCUACUUCCACGUGGAUGUAUGCAAAACAUUGGGGCAGAACGUAGCUGUAGAACACAACCAAGAACUGUCGUCUUUUGUCACCAGAAUAACAUGCCCGGGUUUUUUUUUGUUUUUUUGGGUAGGUGUUUUCCUUCUAAGUAAGAAAUGGAGCUGCAUUUAGAAGUUCUGUAACCAUCCAUGUUUCCCCCCCCCCCCAUUUUUAUAUAAUUUAUAAAGAAAGAUUAAAGCCAUGAUAAAUAUUUUAAAACUGCUUGAAUUCAACUCAUCAAGUGCCUGACUGUGGAACUGUUAAGAAUGCAUGUAUCCUUCGCGGGAGAGAAUGAGGCAUUUUUGAAAGUAUGCAAAAUUGCAAACCCUUCAAUAAAAGGAGAAAGGAGGUGCCAAACAGCCCGGCUUCUCUAAAGAGAGUAAAAA